CAGUUUCAUUCCCUGUGUCAACAUUAAGUAUGCAAAAAAGAAGUUCUGCAAUCCUGAAAAACAAGAGUUUGUUAUCAGUCUCCCAUCCGCCGCUCACUUGCUAAUCAGAACACGUCUGUAACAAGUGCAACAGGCCUUUGAAAGAACUAAAGAAAACAGUGAGUGUGUAAAAUGAGCGCCGGAUGUCUUUGUGUGUGAUAUGCAUGUCACAUGAGGAAAGGUGAGAAUGGGAUACUAUUGCUGAAGCAUCAUGACUCUGGGUAAACGAACCACAAUAAGAAACGCCCCCUUCCUUCACACACAUUGCACUGUAAAUUACAGGACAACAUAAAAAGAGGAACAAUAAAGCAGAGGAAAGGGGAGUGUUUGAGACAUUAAAAAGCCCAGUGAAAGAGGGAGACACCAAAAAAAGAGGAGGGAGAAGCCACUUCACAUUGUAUUUGUUUAGACUUGUCACAGCGUAUCAGUUUGCUUUACUUUGAGCUGUGAGAACACCUUCCAGUCAGGCCUCUCAUGUGGCACUGAGAGUCAAUGUGUGUGUGUGCUACUGAGUGAGCGAACAAGAUGCCCAGAAGGACUGUGUCAGCUCCCCAUCCCAAUGGGGAUCCAACUCCGAGUAAUUUUGGAGAAAAAGAGCCUCUCAAAUUAAAUGGAGAGCCCCCGAAGGAGAAAGUGGAGCUUCGGAAGAAGGUGACCCUGCUCCGAGGAAUCUCCAUCAUCAUCGGGACGAUCAUUGGAGCAGGAAUAUUCAUCUCUCCCAAGGGGAUAUUGCAGAACUCGGGCAGUGUGGGAAUGUCACUGGUGGUGUGGGUCGCAUGUGGGAUUCUGUCUCUUUUUGGAGCUUUAUCGUAUGCUGAGCUGGGUACCUGCAUUAAAAAGUCUGGUGGUCAUUACACGUACAUUCUGGAGGCGUUUGGGCCACAAGUGGCUUUUGUGCGAUUGUGGGCCGACAUGAUUGCCAUAAGACCCGCAGGUUUGGCUGUGAUCGCUCUGGCAUUUGGCCGCUACAUUUUAGAGCCCAUCUUCAUGCCAUGUGGAGUUCCUGAAAUUGCAAUUAAACUGGCUACCACCAUAGGAAUCACUAUAGUAAUGUAUCUAAACAGCAUGAGCGUAAGCUGGACUGCCAGACUUCAGAUCUUCCUCACAUUCAGCAAACUGCUCGCCAUUGCCAUUAUCAUUGUUCCUGGAUUGUAUCAACUUUUCAAAGGGGAGACCAAAAACUUUGAGAAUGCAUUUGAAGUCAACACAGCACAAUUGACAGGACUUCCUCUGGCUUUCUACUCGGGGAUGUAUGCUUAUGCUGGCUGGUUUUACUUGAAUUUCGUGACUGAGGAGGUGGAGAAUCCUGAGAGGACGGUGCCUCUUGCCAUCUGCAUCUCCAUGGUGAUAGUAAUGAUCUGUUACACACUGACAAACGUGGCGUAUUAUACAGUGAUGUCAGCAGAUGAGCUGUUAGCCUCUAACGCUGUUGCUGUGACCUUUGCAGAGAAGUUGAUGGGAAACUUCUCAUACGCUGUUCCUGUUUUUGUAGCUCUGUCUUGCUUUGGGUCCAUGAAUGGAUGUCUCUUUGCCAUCUCAAGAAUGUUCUUCGUGGCCUCUCGAGAAGGUCAGCUUCCUGAAGUUCUCUCUAUGAUUCACAUACGCCGACACACGCCAUUACCUGCUGUGAUUGUCCUGUAUCCGAUCACACUACUGAUCCUCUUCUUAGGGGAUAUCUACAGCCUGCUGAACUUCAUGAGUUUCCUGCGCUGGCUGUUCAUCGGGGUGGCAGUGGUCGGCCUCAUCUACCUCCGCUUCACACGCCCUGAUCUGCCACGACCUUUUAAGGUCCCCAUUUUCAUUCCUGCAGUGUUUUCCUUCACCUGCUUCUUUAUGGUGUUCCUGUCUCUAUAUUCGGAUCCAAUUAAUACCGGGAUCGGCUUCGCCAUCUCUCUCACAGGCAUCCCUGCAUACUACAUAUUCAUCCACUCCAAAAGAAAACCCAAAUGGUUCCAGAAAUUCUCAGAUUCUAUGAACAGAUCACUACAGAUCCUCCUAGAGGUGGUCCCUGCCGAACACUGACCUUUAUCCUUUUUUUAAACUUUGUGCAUGUUUGCUUGGCUAAGCAGUAGAGGUGUGUGAUAUUGCCAAGAAAUUCACGUCAAAAUUUUGGGACAUUUUUUGUGCUGGUACCAUUGGGCGAUGUUCUGACAUUUGAUCCUACCCAUCAGAUUAUGCUACCAACAAUGUAUUUAAUGGUUCUGAGGUUGGGGUUAGAGAAAUGAUGUCUGCAAAAUUUUUGCAAAUAAUCUAUUGGCGUUGAAUUUAAACAAAUUAAAUUUAGUAACAUUCAACUUAAUUGUUUGUUUAAAGUUAGCCCAAAAAAUUGUUUACAACCACU